UACCUGGACGUCAGGCAGGAGACAAAAAACAUGCGUGAAUGCAUCUCCAUUCAUGUGGGCCAAGCUGGGGCUCAGAUUGGUAAUGCAUGCUGGGAGCUAUACUGUCUAGAACAUGGGAUCCAGACAGAUGGACAGAUACCACAUGACAAGACUACUGGAGGGGAUAACUCCUUCAAUACCUUCUUUAGCGAGACAGGGGCAGGAAAACAUGUUCCCAGGGCCAUCUUUGUCGACCUAGAACCAACUGUCAUUGAUGAGGUGCGUACAGGAACCUACCGUCAGCUGUUCCACCCUGAGCAGAUGAUUACAGGAAAAGAAGAUGCCGCCAACAACUAUGCUCGUGGACACUACACCAUUGGCAAGGAGAUCAUAGAUCUUGUUUUGGACCGAACACGUAAACUGUCCGACCAGUGCACUGGUCUGCAAGGUUUCCUCAUCUUUCACUCCUUUGGUGGGGGUACUGGCUCUGGUUUCACCUCCCUGCUAAUGGAGAGGCUGUCUGUUGAUUAUGGGAAAAAGUCGAAGCUUGAGUUUGCCAUCUACCCAGCCCCCCAAGUUUCUACAGCAGUAGUUGAGCCUUACAACUCCAUCUUGACCACCCACACCACCCUGGAGCACUCUGACUGUGCCUUCAUGGUGGACAAUGAAGCCAUCUACGAUAUCUGCCGCAGGAACCUUGACAUUGAGAGACCAACGUACACCAACCUGAACAGGCUCAUUAGCCAGAUUGUGUCUUCAAUUACAGCUUCCCUGCGCUUUGAUGGAGCCCUGAACGUUGACCUGACAGAGUUCCAGACCAACUUGGUGCCUUAUCCUCGCAUCCACUUCCCUCUGGCCACCUACGCCCCAGUUAUCUCUUCUGAGAAAGCUUACCAUGAGCAACUAUCUGUGGCUGACAUCACCAACACCUGCUUUGAGCCAGCUAGUCAGAUGGUGAAGUGUGACCCACGUCGUGGUAAAUACAUGGCCUGCUGUCUGUUGUAUCGUGGUGAUGUUGUGCCCAAAGAUGUCAACUCUGCCAUUGCCGCCAUCAAGACCAAACGCACCAUCCAGUUUGUGGACUGGUGCCCAACAGGCUUUAAGGUCGGCAUUAACUACCAGCCUCCAACUGUGGUUCCUGGAGGAGACCUGGCUAAGGUGCAGAGAGCUGUGUGCAUGCUAAGCAACACUACCGCCAUCGCCGAGGCCUGGGCCCGACUUGAUCACAAAUUUGAUCUCAUGUAUGCCAAGAGAGCCUUUGUCCACUGGUAUGUUGGAGAGGGAAUGGAAGAGGGAGAGUUCUCAGAGGCUAGAGAAGAUUUAGCUGCCUUGGAGAAGGAUUAUGAAGAGGUGGGGGCUGACAAUGUUGAGGAUGAGAAUGAUGAAGAGGAAUAUUAAGUUUUUUAAAGCCUGCAUUUAGGCAAGGUUAGUAGACUUUUUCCUGGUUUUAGGAGCAUUUAUACACUUUAAUUUGGGGGAGGGGCAAGUUGAUAGGAAAAAAACAUAAGCAGACCCUAACCAACAUUUACAUAUGUGUCACAUGUAGGUGGUAAAUAGGCUAAAAUGGGGGCCCAGAUGAGAUUGUUAAUGGGUUACAUAUUAGUCUCAAGUUCAUUUCAUGAACAGGUUUUGAUGUACGACAGCUGUAGGUAAUAUGACAGACCCAUUUGGAUUCUAGAUUCAUUGGUGAAUUUGAACAAUAUUUUCUCACAUCCUUUUGAGACCGAGCUAUGGUUCUCAGAAUGAGAAUGAGAACCAUAGGGUACCCAACUUGUUUUGAUGAUAUUACUUGUACUUAGCCAAUCAAUGCAAAGGAGCCUAUUUUUGGCCAAGGCCAACUUAGUACCAAACCAGCCUGAAUAAAAUCUAUAUAGGGCCUAUACAUACAUAGUUACAUACUCACAAAACUACCAAAUAGAUGGAAAAACAACAUAUUUAAUAGUCAAAUCACAUUCAAAUUACACAUUUGAACUAAAGGUUUGUUAAGCACAUUGUGGCACUCAAUGAUAAUAUUCAUUUCAUUUCACUGGUAGCUGAGCAUUGUUUAUCUUGAAAAUGUAUGGAUUGCAUUGUAAUCAUUUGGUAUAGUGGCAUCACAAAAUUUCAGACUUAAACAGCAUACCGUUGCUUUUUUGUCGAACAAUUUAUUUCAGCUUUUUUGUCAGGCUAGAAAACUUAGACCAAACCCUCUACUUCAUGCUCCUCCCCCUCAGUACCCUCUCCAGUGAGGAAUGUCCAUUAUUAAAAGGGCUCCUAUGUCAGUUUCUACAUACCAUUCAGCUGUGACUCAGUGAGAGUGAGAACCAUAGAAAAUAACUGAUGUCCUCACUGGCUGGUGUUGUUUGUACAGCUCAUUCUCAGACAGCGGGUUGCAGCAACAAUAGGUUCCCAGUUCACUUUUGCAUUCAAGUAUGAAUAACAGCUUUGUGAUCCUAAUAGGCCAGUUUCUUUUGUCUCUCAUUAUGCUGUAUUAUACAGUUGCUUCAGUGUUUUUACUGCCUGUUCUGAAUUGAUAAAUCAUAUCCAUAAUUACCGCAUUGUGCCAUAUUAUUUAAUGCAGUGUUUUAGCAUUACACUAUGCAUUAUGUGUUCUGACCCGUUCCGCUCUGUCUAUAAUGAAUGCAUAUGUCUGUCACAUUCUAUGCCCAGAAUAAAACCAGAUUUUUUCCAUCCAA